AUGGACAAUUCCAGAAUGAACUCUUACCUGGAGUACACUGUUUGUAACCGUGGGACUAACACCUACUCUCCCAAGUCUGGAUAUCACCACUUGGAGCAGGGCUUCUCGGGCCCUUUCCACACGAGUUCAGGUGCUACAACGAAUGAUGGCUAUACGUCGGAUGGGCGGCUGUUCGUGGGUGGAAACGGCCCAACAGUGGCCUCCCAACAUCAGCACCAGAACAGCGGCUACUCGCAUCACCAGCCUCAGCCCCAUCAUCACACAGCCAUGGGCCUGCCUUACAACACCCCUGCAGCCACCACGGGCUACGGACCGCAGUCAUGUGCCACUCAGGACUAUGGACAUCAUCAGUACUACUUAAAUCACGACCAGGAUGCUAUGUACUAUCAAUCACAGGGCUUCGGCGGUCCCGGUGUGGGACCCAACUACGGGUCGCUGGCUGGGACUUACUGUGGAGCGCAGGGGGCCGUCCCAUCAGCACCGUAUCAGCACCACGGCUGCGAGGGCCAAGACCAUCAUCGAGGUUACUUACAGGGCACCUAUGCAGACAUAUCGGUCGCGCAUCAGGGCAGAGAGACAGAGACUGAUCAAAAGCCACCGGGGAAGACUUUCGACUGGAUGAAAGUCAAAAGGAACCCACCGAAAACUGCUAAAGUCGCCGAUUAUGGCCUGGGCCCACAGAGCGCCAUCAGGACCAACUUCACCACCAAGCAACUGACAGAGCUCGAGAAGGAGUUCCACUUCAGCAAGUACCUCACGCGAGCCAGGCGCGUGGAAAUAGCUGCCACCCUUGAGCUGAACGAGACCCAGGUUAAGAUAUGGUUCCAGAACCGGAGGAUGAAACAGAAGAAGCGCGAGAAGGAAGGUCUCGCUCCGACCUCGUGCGCAACGGGCUCGAGCAACGACUUGGAUGAGAAUUCUGACCAUUCCACCUCCACCUCCCCCGGGGCAUCACCCAGCUCCGAGAUUUAA